GCAGAGUACUUCUGUAAUAUUAUGUAUUUAAUCGCAAUGAAAUAAUAAAUCUGUGAUCUGUCUGUGUAAAAAUUGAUUUUAGAGAGGCAGGAGCUACAGUACCAUUCGUGUAAAUUCUGUGAAUAACUGAUUUGUGGCGUUAACUCACUGUGUACUUAGUUGCGAUAAAAUUCAUUAUUCAUAUGCUGAAAAAUAGAAAUCAUUAUUUUGAAAAAGCAAAGCAAAUAUGGCAAGAUUAGGCAAAACUGCCCAAGAGUUUAUUCAAGACUCAUUUUCACCGAUUAUCGCAGUUUUGUGCAGUCCAAAAGUAGAAAAUGUUGUUUCAAAGAAUAACUUGUCUUUUACUGAAAUGUUACAACCAUUUACCACUAUGGAUUGGGAAGGUCAAUUCCGUGACCCAAGUGGAAAUGUUUGUACUAUAAAAAACUGGAAAUUAAUAAUACGAGAUGUUAACUGGAAGCCAUUACAACCCACUGAAGCUAGAAGAGAGUUAAACAAUGCUGUGUUACACAAUUAUAAUGAUAAAACAGUAACUCUCGAAAUUGAUGGUAGAAAAUUUUAUGUUCCCCAAUCAACACAUUGGUUUGAUGCCUGGAGAGAGACUUAUUUAGAAGUCCAAUUUCCAUCAGACCAUGAAUUUACGAAACACUUUAUAUCUUGUGUAAUUGUUGGUACCACUUUAGAUGACAAUGUAAUAGAUAGUUUCAACAAUUUAAACCAACACUAUGCCCAGUUGCAAAAUGUUGCUCCACCAAAAUUACCUAAAUGGUUCAACAGUGGGGUGUUGAAGUCUUAUCUCCUACUUCAUGAUGUAUCUGCUGUCCCUAAAGAAAAAGCUGAUGCUGCAUUUGAUAUGCUGAAACAGAAUUUCGGAGCAAACAACUGCUUCAUGUUAUCAAUUAACUCAAAAAGUACCUUAGACCAAAAUGUAUCAUCUGAUUUGUGGGCUCAGUUUGUUAAAAGAUCACCACAAACUAAUAAUGAGAUGUCGUCAUCUCUUACAAACCUGCCCACCACUCCAUCAGAGCCGCAAGCAGUAUUUCCACCAGCUGCAGCUAACUUAACAGAUGACAAUGCAACAGUGAUUUCUUCCAUCAAUCCAGAAACUCUUCACCCUCUGACUGCAGCCGAAACAGAUGUUUAUGAUAAUGCAAAUAGUUUGCAGACCCAUUCAUUCUCUGGUAGUUCUGAGAGUAUGAGUGUUGCUGGAAAAGGCCCAGAUUUUUCCACUGAGGUCCAUGGUACAGCUCUGAACGCUAGUGAUGUUGAAGCAAUUAAGAAGUUCUUACAGGAGUAUGCUUCAAAAGCAUUGUUACCAUACAUGGAAAAGCAAAUAUCACAGCUAUCUGAAGUCGUUGCAAAUAGAAAGGGUGUCAGUAGAUCAUUACUGUCAGCCACUAAGCGAUGGUUCGGGACCGGAAAAGGUGGAAAUACAACAGGCAACAGCACAGUUAUCUACACAAGUGACUGUCCUGAGCUUCAACUGCGACGACUGGGCGACUUGUGGUUCCUAUGUCGGCAAUGGCAACGUGCGUUCGACACGUACCACACAGCGAAGAGAGAGUUCUACGCUGAUAGCGCCUGGCUUUGCUACGCCGGCGCGCUAGAAAUGGCCGCCAUCAGCGCCUUCAUGGCGGCGGACUCGAAUCGUAAAACACACGGCUACAUGGAAGAAAGUAUUGUAACUUACCUUAACACAUGUAGGAUGGUGCAAUACGCAGUCAGGGCCACGUUGCUGUCUGUGCUUUGUUUGAGCGGUUCUGGCUUGCACGGCGAGGCUGCUAAACAAUUGAUUCGGAUGACAUCUGAGGAUAGCGAUUUGCGUAGCGCUAUGCUUCUGGAACAAGCAGCGCUAUGUUUCCUAUCUGGUCCCGCCUCUAAAGGCAUGUGCAGGAAAUAUGCCUUUCAUAUGGUACUUGCGGGACACAGAUUUUCAAAAGCAGGGCAAAAGAAGCAUGCCUACAGAUGUUACAAACAAGCUUAUCAGGUGUACAGCGAGAGCGGGUGGCGGCUGGCGACGGACCACGUGCAGUUCGCGCUGGGGCGGCUGGCGGGCGCGCUGCGGCUGGCGCGCGAGGCGCGGCGCUGGCUGGCGGCGCCGCUCGCGCCUCGGGGCCCGCAGCCGCCGCACCAGCAGCACGCCUUCCUGCAGGAGUACAUGGCCGCGCACCAGCAAUGGGUGGAAAGCAACCCCGAAGUGGCGAGCGUGCUGGAAGAGCUGCCGCUGCCGCUGGUGGAGGCGCGGCAGACGGGCGUGCUGUGCGUGGGGCCGGCGCCGCUGGGCUCGCCGCGCCGCCGCGCCGCCUCGUCGCUGUCGCUGGCGCCCGACGCGCCCGCCGCCGCCGCGCCCGCCUGGCGCCGCCUCGAGGAGAUGCUGCUGCAAGUAGCGCAAGGCGCAGUGCCCAUGAUAUUCAAGCCCACCGUGGAUUUGUACACCGAUGCGACGGACGCAGAACCACUCGUGCCGCAAGGAGAGCCCAUUCAGAUCUCAGUUACUUUAUGGAAUCCCUUGAAGAUUUCACUAAUUCUAAAAGAUGUGGAGUUAUUGUGGCGAUUCGUAACAACUGCCGAUGGUGAUGCAGCUGGUGACGAAGAAGUGUUGAGCAAUGAGCAGGCAGUCUCUGCGGGACAGGCAUUGGAAAGCAACACAAUAUUUAGCCAGAAAAUUAAAUCAGUCAUUCUAGAAGGAGAUACAAAAAAAGUAUUAAUUUUCACCCUAACACCUCUAAAAGUCGGCCGACUGAAUGUACAUGGCUUAGCUUACAAGCUGAUCAAUACCGGGGAAGGAGGUACUGAAAACGGUAACAGUAUGACAAUAUCAGGCAAAGUGAAUUUAACCCCGCCAGGCAAAAGCCCGGAUAAGCGACUGCAAAUUACAGUUAUUCCAGAGGCUCCUUGCCUGCAAAUGACAUUUUCUGAGACAAGUUCGGACAUUAUAAGCGGAGAAAUGAGGACUAUUGAUGUAGAAUUUACAAAUGUAGGACCUGUGGACAUGAAUAAUCUUUAUGUUGCUGUAUCUCAUCCGGAUUGCGUCAAUAUUGUCACCGGCGAGGAAGAAAAUGAUUUUCAAGUUUUAUAUGACGAGAAAUACCGCGAGCCACCCUCAUAUUCAGACGAGCGCGCGGCGCGGGCGGCGCGGGCGCGCGCGGCGGCGGCGCGGCACGUGCGCGGCGUGUGCGCGCGCCUGGCGCCCCGCGCCGCCGCCCGCGCGCGCCUGCAGCUGCGGCCGCGGGCGCCGGCGCAGCCGCUGCUGCUGCUCGCCUACCACGACACCGGCCUGCGCGCGCGCCCCUACCGCCUGCUGCGCCACGUCUUCCGCUUCCGAGUCACCGAGGCUGUAGAGCUAGCAGUCACUCCACGUCGAAGCCUCCGACGAGUUGACGGCGAAGUCGUCGAAAAUAUGAGUUUGGCAGUUGAAAUCAAAAACAUAUUUAACGAGAAAGGUGAAGACUUGAGCGUGGAAAUAUUAGAAGCGUCGUUACUGAGUCGACAGUGGAGCCUGACGAGCCUGGUGGCGGCGCGAGGCGCGGCCGAGCCGCUGCAGGCGCGCGACAAGCUGCACCUCGUGCUGCGCGCGCAGCGCCUGCCGCGCCCGCCCGCCGCCGUCGCCGCCUCGCGCCUCAAGAUCAACCCGCACCACCCCGACGCUGCGCCCGACAUCAACGUGGCGCCCUACUCCAAAUUCGUGCUGGAUGCCCAACAAUCUUACAUUGACGCUCCUGACUCCGCCAUUGCUCAGGAUACUCCUGAUAAAAGAACAGGACUAAUACAGUCCAUGUUUGUUCUACGAUGGAAAGCGCACGAAAAAACCAAAGGAAAGACCGCUGUCGGUCAACAUUGCUUGUGGCUGGAUUGCUUCACAAAAGCUAUAUCUCGAGAAAGGGAAUAUAUUCCCGGAGAAGCGGCUCCCAUUCAAAUUGAUGAGUACGAAAGCAAAUUAGAUUUACGCGAGUCUAAUACAAAAACAAAGAAAGAUAAUGUUGUUAUAUUUCGAUUGGAACAUUCCAACCACAUUAAUCAUAAUUUUAAUGAAACUAAACUAUGUUUGGUACCAGUUACUUUGAAUAUUGUAAAUUGCUAUGGAGUUCCCGUAAAAGUCUUCAUAGACAUGUCAAAACAGAAAAACAGGGAGCUGUCCGGAGAGCUUGGUUGGGCGGGCGCGCUCAGCUACGGCAGCGAUGUAGAAGCUAAAGAACUGGGCGUCAGCGUUGAUCUGGACAAGUUUGAGUCCAAACGCGUGCAAGUGCGAGGCGUUUGUGCCGCUCCGGGAACUUAUCUCGUUGGCUCGGCAUUUUCCGUGUCUACUACCGGGCAAGAUGCCAAUCUAAAUGUUUCAAAUGUUUCUAACAAUACCUCGUUAUUGGUAGUCGAGCAAGCCGCGUAGAUAUUAUAAGCUUCGGUGCUAUAGCCUGCAGUAUUUUUCUUUUUAUCUUAUAUUUUUACCUUUCUUGAACCGUAUUUAUAACAUGGCUAUUAGCAGCUAAGUGGAAAACGUCAUCGCAAUGUGUGCUAAUUAGACCAAUCUGAUUACCUAAUGCAGUGGAAGAUACUAAAUUGCAUUGGCGUGUAUAAGUGUAUUUAUAAUUUGUCAAUACAUAUACAGUCUUUACCUAAUACGAGUGAUUGUCGCUUGGCUUAUAUUAGCGAUAAACUGUAGAAAGUACCUUCCAGCCAGACGCAAACUGUAUAAAAAAUAAGUUUCUGGCAGUGGGAAAUUCAAGUGUAAAAGAUAUUUACCUAAGUUAACAUUCGAUAUUAUGAGGCGCAUCUUAUCAAAUUUGAAUACACACACAGUUAUAAUAACUCAAAGCAAUUUUUGAUAUCCUUGUUUCUUGUCAAUAUGGUCGCUUUUUUCGGUAAGUAGGUAUGUCGGUUAAGUAACUUGUGACUUCUCAAACGUAAGAUUGUGCGCUCGCUCCUUUCGUAUUUUCUUAUUCUUUUGUAUAUUUUUUUGAACUCCUCAAAGUUUGAAAAAAUUGCGUUCGCUUCGAUCGCAUUCAUUCGGGUACAUGAUGUAAAAGGUCGACCACCUUAUUUUCUUUCCUCAAAAGUACAAAAAUGCGCCCUGUCCGCUCGCGUCUUCUUUCUUGUAAUUUCAUACAGUUAUUGUAUCUAUGCAUAUCGUUAUCUGCUUGCUAAAGAAAUGCCCAGGUGCAUACACAUGUUAAUCAUAAUUAUUACCUGUGUAUAUUGUUUAUUUAUUGGAAAAACUUUUUAAUGUUCUUGUUAAGUAGAUAAGUAUAGGGUAUACGUUUUUAUGUUAGAAGAGAUGUAUGUAUCUACCAUCCUGAUUUUUAAUUAUAAUAUGGAAAUGCAAAAA